AUGCGUAAAAGAUUGAACUUAAAUGAAACAAUUGAUAAAGUUCAAUACGAGCAAUACAAGAAAGAAAAAGAUUACCAGAAUCAAGUCCUUUUGCGAAUCAUUGCAGUAGUGAAGUUUCUUGCUAAACAUAAUUUAGCAUUUCGUGGAUCAAAUGAAAAGUUGUAUAAAAAAGAUAAUGUAAAAGUUUGGAGUCUUAAGUCAAUGUGUCAAACUCGAUGGGAAAGCCGAGUUGAGAGUGUAAAGGCUAUUAAAAUGCAACUUGUUGACGUACGAGAAGCUUUACUUCAAGUUGGAGAAAAAGAUAAUGAUGUUGCAAUUGCAAGUGAAGCAACUUCACUAAUAGAAAAAGAACUUGGUGACUUUGAAUUUUUGCGUUCGAUUGAAAGGAAAAAAAGGUUUGAUGAGAGUUCAAGUAGAGAAGAAGUUUCAUUUACACCUGAAGAGAAUUUCAGAGUUAAUUAUUUCUUAUACUUUGUUGAUCAAGCUAUUUCUUCUCUUGAGACAAGAUUUGAACAAUUCAAAGAGUAUGACAAAGUAUUUGGUUUUUUAUUUCCACAUAAUUUGAAGGAAAUUGAAGAUAAAGAUCUUAAGUCAUCUUGUCAUCGUCUUGAAAAAGCACUCAAAUUUGACGAAAAAUCGGAUAUUGAUGCCGAUGAACUUUAUACGGAGUUGAAAUUAUUUGAGACAUUGGAAACCAAUGAAUUUAGCAACCCUAUAGAUGUUUUGAAGUUUUUGAAAAAACUUGAUUAUUUCCUAAAUGCAAGCAUUGCAUAUAUAAUAUUGUUGACUAUUCCAGUAACGGUGACAUCUGCAGAAAGGAGUUUUUCUAUGUUCAAGUUAUUGAAGUCUUACUUAUGCUCCACAAUGUCACAAGAAAGACUUAGUGGUUUGGCAAUGAUAUCUAUCGAGAACGAAAUCUUAGAGAGUAUAGACUAG